AUGGGGAACAUUGACAAUGCUGUCCCUUUCUUUGGAGACAAGUUUAACAAAAUUUAUCCACUUAUUAUGGUUGUAUACACCCUUUUGGUAGCAAGCAACUUCUUUGAUAGGGUAUUUGAUUUUCUCGGGAGCUGGAAGAGAUAUGUUUUUGAAACCGAAGCUGAAGAUAUGGAUGGUUUUGAUCCAUCAGGAUUAAUUAUCUUACAGAAAGAACGAUCUUGGCUUGAACAAGGACGCAACGUAGGCGAGCAAGUUGUUCCAUUAGUGAGGAAUUUUAAUGGAAUUGAUCUUGAAUCUAAUAGUACGGUGAACAAUGAUGUUGAAAUGAAGGGAACUUCCGCUUUAGUUAAUAAAGAAAUAGAUGGAAAUCAGCCUAAAACUUUGAAGGACGAGACAAGGAGAUAUAGCUCGAGCAGGGAAGCCAUCAGCAACAAGUAUGCUGCAGUCAGACAGCAAAGUGGAUUAGCAUCUAAAUUGAAGGCAGAAGAGAAAAAUUUAGAAUCUGCUAAAGUUUCCUUGGUAGAUCACGACAAUACUCGUUCUGGUAAUGUUGCUGGAACUUCAGGCUUGGCCUCUACAUGGAAAACAAUGAAAACAGGCUUUCAGAGUUUCAGGGCGAACUUAGGGGGCAACAGGUUUUCACCCAUUCGGCAAACACAGGAAGAUGAGAUUUCUCGUGUGUCCUCAGCUGAGUCCCUUGAUGAUAUAUUUCAAAGGCUGAAACAGCCUGCAUUGCACCGAAAUAUUGACAAUGAUGAGGACGAUUUGAUGGAGCGCAAUAUUUCUGGCCCUCCUAGAUGA